CAUUGCGUUCGUCGUACGAGCUCUGGCACAGAUAAUAGUCCCUCUGAUUGGUGCCUUUGGCAAAGCGCCACAAUGAGUGAUCAGGCCGAGGGUAAUAAGGAUUUCGAGGACCUGUGGUGGAACUCCAUGGUUCCUGUCGCAGACGCCAAUUGGGAGACAACUUUCCUUUCAGAGUCCCAGUUUGAUGAGAACGUGUUUGAGCAGCUACCGUCUGACGCCGAGCCACUGGUCAGACUGGUCAGUGGAGCUCCACCAUGCUCCACAGUGCCCACCAUCACAGACUACCCGGGGGUCCACGCCUUCCAGCUGCGCUUCCCCCAGUCCAGCUUCGCCAAGUCCGUCACUUCCACUUUCUCUCCGCCCCUGAACAAGCUGUACUGCCAGCGGGCCAAGACGUGCCCAGUGCACAUGGUGGUGGGUGAGCUGCCCCCGCCGGGCUCCGUGGUGAGGGCCACGGCCUUCUACAAGAAGUCUGAGCACGUGGCGGAGGUGGUGAGGCGAUGCCCACAUCACGAGAGGACCCUCGAAAACAGUGACGGCUCCGCCCCUCCCAGUCACCUGAUUGUGGUGGAGGGUAACAGACAUGUCGUGUACCAGCAGGACCCAAACACAGGCAGGCAGAGUGUAGUGAUGCCCUACGAGCCUCCACAGCAAGGGAGCGAACACACCACGACCCUCCUGAACUACAUGUGCAUGAGCAGCUGUAUGGGGGGCAUGAACCGCAGACCAAUACUGACCAUCGUCACCCUGGAGACACAAGAUGGAGUGGUCCUUGGACGCCGAAAGAGCUGGAUGAAGUUGUACAGACAUGGAAUACCCAUAGGAUCAGACCAGCUCCAUCCAGGGGCCGUCCAAUCCUACUGUACACAGCACCACAGAUUUACGAGCUUGGAUGCAUCAGCCCUUGCUGUGACCAUCACAACACUUCAGCAGCUGUGCUCUGGCUUACCAUCUCCUCUGCUGCCCGUGCUGCUGUGGCUGGCCAACUGA